CGCUCCGCCCGUUCGUCAUUCGCGCCGCGACUUUCCUUUGGGCAGCGCGCGUUCGCUCGAUCGUCUCCCGCGAGACAGCGUGAAUCGUCCUAACUCAGUGGUGUAAAAAUAAAGCCGGCGACAGACGGCGGCGUCCAGAGUUAUAUAUAAAUGAUAGCACGGAACACCCCUGCACGUCUCGGACGCUCGCCGACAUGCGACUAAGCCGAGGCACAAUAUGCGAGUGCUCGGGAGUGACAUGCCCCGAUGGCGCAGAGAACAGCACGUGCGUCACGGAGCCCGGCGGAUACUGCUUCGUGGCUGUCGAGAUGGUGAUCGACGAGAGGGGCGAGGAGGUGCUCGAGCGCACUGCCGGCUGCCUGCCGCCCGAUGAGUCGGGCUUCAUGCAAUGUAAAAGCUCGCAAGUGCCAACCAUUAACCCGAAGGCGAUCGACUGCUGCAUGGAACCGGACUUAUGCAACCGGCGACUGGAACCACGGCUGCCCGAGGAAGCCUGGAGCGAGCCCGACUCGCCCGAUGUGCGCAGCCACGCGCCGAACCACCCCGAAUUGCUAGUGGGCGCGGCGCUGCUGCUGCUGUUGUUGACCUUUGCGGUGGCUCUGCUGGUGCUGCUGCGGCGACGGCGGCGUGCCGCUAAGCGUCCCCCGUCACCGGCGCCGCUGCCCGCGGAACUAUCUUCCGGCUCGGGAUCCGGUUUACCGCUGCUGGUGCAGCGGACCGUAGCCAAGCAGAUUCAGAUGGUGGAGUCCAUCGGAAAGGGUCGCUACGGGGAGGUGUGGCUGGCGCGCUGGCGCGGCGAGCGCGUCGCCGUCAAAGUGUUCUUCACCACCGAGGAGGCCUCCUGGUUUCGCGAGAUCGAAAUCUACCAGACGGUGCUGAUGCGCCACGAGAACAUCCUCGGCUUCAUCGCCGCCGACAUCAAGGGCACCGGGUCCUGGACGCAGAUGCUGCUGAUCACCGACUACUACGAGAACGGGUCGCUGUACGACUACCUGCAGACGACGGUGCUGGACCCGCACUCGCUGGUGUCGAUGGCGUACUCGAUCGCCAGCGGGCUGGCGCACCUGCACAUGGACAUCUUCGGCACCAAGGGCAAGCCGGCCAUCGCGCACCGCGACAUCAAGAGCAAGAACAUCCUGGUGAAGCGCAACGGGCAGUGCGCCAUCGCCGACUUCGGGCUGGCCGUGCGGUACGUGGCCGAGCGGAACGAGGUGGACAUCGCGCCCAACACGCGCGCGGGCACGCGGCGCUACAUGGCGCCCGAGGUGCUGGCCGACCGGCUGGACCCCGGCGACUUCGAGGCCUUCAAGAUGGCCGACAUGUACUCGCUGGGGCUGGUGCUGUGGGAGAUGUGCCGGCGCUGCGCCGCGGGCGAGCGCGCGCCCGUGGACGCCUACGCGCCGCCCUACCACGAGCUGGUGCCGCCCGAGCCGACGUUCGAGGACAUGCGCGUCGCGGUGGUGGAGCGCGGCUUGCGGCCGCCGCUGCCCGCGCGCUGGCUGCAGAGCGCGCCGCGCGCCGCGCUGGCGGCCGUGGUGGCCGAGUGCUGGCACGCCAACCCGCCCGUGCGGCUGUCGGCCGUGCGCGUCAAGAAGACGCUGGCGCGCCACCUGGCCGCGCCGGCGCCCGCCAAGCUCGUCUGACCGCCCCCCCGACGCCGCCCCGCGGCCGGCGGCUUGUACUUAACAGUCGACACGAGACUCGGACGCGAACUGUUAGCGAAGGGACGCCAAGUGCGAGUGUCUUCCGCGACGCCUUCGGGAGUAGUAUUACGUUAGUUUCGUGUCGCGGCGCACUCGGUCCGUCUAUUCGGAGCCCCACCGAACCGACGCGGUGACAUGUACAAUAAUGAGUAAUGCGGCGUUCGAGUCGUGCCUUAUCGAAAGUUGUGAAGAGGAACAAACUCGACUCCUUGAAUUGUGAUAUUGACCCGUUAUAUUAUAAAACUCGUUUGCAAGCUUAGGUAGACUUUACAAAACGCAAACUAGGUUACGUGUAAAAAGGGAUAUUUUUGUAGUUGUUCUUUAGAUAGACCGAGUGACCGUGGAGCAUUUACGCGCGCGCGCGCCCUGUACAGUGUUGUGUAAAUAUAGAGAUAACGACAUUGCAUAGGCAUAAUGAAUGUUGAUAGUUAAGUUAUGAAUAAAAUAUUAAUGG